AUGGUCGUCUCGGUGGAGCCCGACGACGAGGGCGACGUCGUGGGCCAGGGCAGCAUCGUCGAUGCCAGCGGCCUGCCCACGACGACGUCGUCGGACAACCCCUACGGCGACAGUGUGCCGCUAAAUCAGCCAACACGAACCCACUACCACCUCUCGCGGCGCGAGAUCCUCAAGGGCGUGGCCAACCGCUUUGUCCACUCGACGGCCUACCUCUACUUUUACGCCGGCAUGGCCCUGGCCAGCCUCAUGACUGUUGUGCUCAGCCUCUGGCAGGACUGCCCCGGCACGCUCUUUUACAGUCUCGAGCUCGUCGUCAAUGCGCUCCUCAUUGCCGAGGUCGGCAUCCGCGGGUAUGCCUUUGGCAAGCAAUUCUGGAAGUCGACAUUCAACAUCGUCGAUCUCUGCCUCGUGCUGCUGUGCGCCCUCACGCUCGCCAUUCUCUUUUUCUCACACGACUGCACGCCGAUAUCAGCAGGCCCAGGGGAUGACGAGGAGACAGAGCAGAAGCGGCAGGGCCGGUCCGAGGAGCUUCUCGACUCAUUCCUGCUCAUUGUCAGAAACGGCAUCCAGCUCGUGCGCCUGCUCGCCGUGGUGCGGCGGAGCGGGAGCAACGUGACGCGGCGCGUGGCCAACAUCGACCUCGACGCUGCCCGGCGCUUCAGCCUGGACAUUGAUCUCGACGAUGAGGGCGCGCUGGCGCGGCAGCGCAUGGCCGAUGGCGGCGAGCGGCGCGGCCUAUUUGAUGUAGAGGAGGAUGACGAGGAGCUGUGA